AUGGAGACCAAAUCUGCUGUAGAAGCAAAGGACGUGGACAUUGGGAAUGAAUCAUCUCCCCCAGCCUAUAACUAUGAUAAUUACAAUGUUGGUACCUACGAGGAAACCGAGAAGCCUGACUUCUUGACGCGCAAUGGCUUGAACUUCAAGUCUUUCCAGCGCCGACCCGCCCAGUAUGGCGUGGUUCUCGAUCGAGAUAUGAAACCCCGUCAUUUGCAUAUGAUUGCUAUUGGUGGCUCGAUUGGAGCUGGAUUCUUUGUUGGUUCGGGUGGUGCGUUUCGCACUGGGGGCCCCGCUUCCGUUUUCCUCGAUUUCAUGAUUAUUGGCGUCAUGAUGUUCAACGUCGUCUAUGCUCUGGGGGAGUUAGCUUGCAUGUAUCCCAUCUCUGGUGGUUUCUACACCUAUUCGACUCGGUUCAUUGACCCGUCAUGGGGCUUCGCAAUGGGAUGGAACUACGUCGCCCAAUGGGCCGUCGUUGUACCGCUGGAGCUCACUGUGGCCGGUCUGACGUUUAAUUACUGGAAAGUAGAUGUAAGUGUGGGAGUAUGGAUCACCGUCUUCCUGGUCCUCAUUAUAGUCGUGAACAUAUUCGGCACACUUGGGUAUGCUGAAGAGGAGUUUUGGUCGUCAUUAUUGAAGCUCAGCGCUAUUGUUGUAUUCAUGUUCAUUGCCUUGAUUCUCAUUUGUGGGGGUGGACCAUCUGGCGGUCUAUAUAGCGAAUACUGGGGCGCACGCACCUGGUACGACCCCGGUGCAUUCCGCAACGGAUUCCGGGGCUUCUGCUCUGUCUUUGUGACAGCUGCUUUCUCCUUCAGUGGAACCGAGCUGGUUGGCCUUGCAGCCGCCGAAGCCAAGAAUCCUGCCAAAGCCCUACCCGGAGCAAUUAAGCAAGUUUUCUGGCGAAUUACGCUGUUCUAUAUUCUCGGUCUUACGUUUGUGGGCCUGCUGGUCCGUUCCGAUGACGAUCGACUGCUGGGCUCUGGUCUCAUCGACGUUAAUGCCUCCCCGUUCGUCAUCCUCGCCGCGGACGCGGGCCUUAAAGGCUAUGAUAGCUUCAUGAACGUUAUCAUCCUUGUCUCUGUCCUGUCCAUCGGCGUCUCCGGCGUCUACGGUGGCUCACGGACCCUGACUGCUCUUGCCGAACAAGGCUAUGCCCCCAGGAUCUUCACCUAUGUCGAUCGCUCGGGCCGUCCGCUCCUAUCGGUGGCUCUUUUGAUUGCCUUCGGUCUUCUUGGCUACGUCAACCUCGAUGCCAAGGGACCUGUGGUGUUUGAGUGGCUUCAGGCACUCUCCGGUCUUGCUGCCCUCUUCACCUGGGGCUCUAUCUGUCUGGCCCAUAUCCGCUUCCGCUCGGCCUGGAAAUACCACGGCCACACUCUUGAUGAAAUCCCCUUCAAGGCGGCCGGUGGCGUUUACGGCUCCUAUCUAGGUCUCCUUCUGGUCGUUUUGGUGUUGAUCGCGCAGUUCUACGUGGCUAUCUGCCCUCCAGGGGGUGGCAUCAACGAUGCAGAAGGCUUUUUCAAGACCUAUCUCGCUUUCCCCGUGGUCCUCUUCUUCUGGAUCUGCGGGUUUCUCUGGAAGAGAACAGGCUGGCUCCGCACUGAUCAAAUCGAUGUCGAUAGUGGCCGUCGUGAGGUAGAUUGGGAUGAGAUUCGUGCAGACCGCGAACGCAUUGCUGCCAUGCCCGCGUGGAGACGGGUUCUUAAACUUGUGUUUUAG